CCACAGCAGACGGCUGAGGACUGCCGGUGUGUGUGUGACUGCACUGCUGAAGAGGAGGAGGAGGAGGAGGAGGCAGAGGGUGAGCACGCUCGCAGACUCUGCAGGGCCAUAGAGGAGCACACAGCAGCAGCAGCAGCAGCAGCAGCAGCAGCAGCGCUAGUGUUGGCCCGCACCAGGUAGAAGUCCCAGUGCCGCCGCCGCCGCCCCGCAGACUGCCGCCGUAAAGAUCUGGACGCGCCAACGCCGCCCGGACCCCCGCCAACAACGCCAUGGCACAAGCGGCCAAACACCUCCGCAAGAACAAGGAUUUAGAAGCCCAGUUAGAGGCGGAUCGCAAAGAGAAGGAGGAGGAGAGGGCCAAAAAAAGGAGUCGCUCACGGGAUAAAAAGCGCAAGGCCCACGCCGUGCAUCGCUGGCUAAUCGAUCAGGACAGUAGUGUGAGCUCUGAGAUGCCGGAUGGCCAAGGAGUAUGGCACUAUGAUGAUGAAGCAGAUGCUGGCAACAGUUUUCUUCGAGCAGCCCGCUCUGGCAACCUGGACAAGGCCUUGGAACAUAUCAAAAAUGGCAUUGAUAUAAAUACAGCCAAUCAGAAUGGGCUCAAUGGGCUGCAUCUCGCCUCGAAAGAAGGUCACGUCAAAAUGGUGCUGGAGCUUCUCCACAAUGGAAUCGUACUGGAGACGACCACGAAGAAAGGCAACACGGCCCUGCACAUUGCAGCCUUGGCAGGGCAGGAGCAGGUUGUCACAGAGCUGGUUAACUACGGGGCCAAUGUCAACGCUCAGUCCCAGAAAGGUUUCACUCCACUCUACAUGGCUGCACAAGAAAACCAUCUAGAGGUUGUGAAGUUUCUUCUGGAGAACGGAGCCAAUCAGAGCAUUCCAACAGAGGAUGGAUUUACUCCUCUUGCCGUGGCUCUUCAGCAGGGACAUGAAAAUGUCGUAGCCCUGCUCAUCAACUACGGCACCAAGGGAAAGGUCCGCCUCCCUGCGCUGCACAUUGCAGCACGCAACGACGAUACCCGCACAGCCGCGGUGCUUUUGCAGAACGACCCCAAUCCUGAUGUACUCAGCAAGACUGGAUUCACACCCCUCCACAUUGCUGCACACUAUGAAAACUUGAACGUAGCUCAACUGCUGCUCAACAGGGGAGCCAAUGUCAACUUCACCCCAAAGAACGGCAUCACUCCUCUGCACAUUGCAUCCAGACGGGGGAAUGUGAUCAUGGUCCGACUCCUGCUGGACCGAGGGGCACAGAUCGAUGCCAAGACCAAGGAUGAGCUUACUCCUCUGCACUGUGCAGCCAGAAAUGGUCAUGUCAGGAUCAUAGAGAUCCUGCUGGACCAUGGAGCCCCCAUCCAGGCAAAGACGAAGAAUGGCCUGUCUCCAAUCCACAUGGCAGCGCAGGGGGACCACAUGGACUGCGUCAAGCAGCUUCUGCAGUACAACGCAGAAAUUGACGACAUCACACUGGACCAUCUUACCCCUCUGCACGUGGCGGCACACUGUGGCCACCACCGUAUGGCCAAAGUACUACUGGACAAAGGGGCCAAACCCAACUCCCGGGCUCUGAAUGGCUUUACACCUCUGCAUAUUGCUUGUAAAAAGAACCACAUGCGUGUGAUGGACCUUCUGCUCAAACACUCGGCGUCGUUAGAGGCUGUGACUGAGUCUGGCCUGACCCCCCUCCAUGUGGCAUCCUUUAUGGGUCAUCUCAACAUUGUAAAGAUCCUGCUGCAGAAAGGAGCUUCCCCCAGCGCCUCCAAUGUAAAAGUGGAGACUCCUCUCCAUAUGGCAUCUCGGGCAGGACACUAUGAGGUGGCAGAGUUUUUAUUGCAGAAUGCAGCACCAGUGGAUGCCAAGGCCAAGGAUGACCAAACACCUCUGCAUUGUGCUGCUCGGAUGGGCCACAAGGAACUAGUGAAGCUUCUGCUGGAGCACAAAGCCAACCCCAACUCCACCACCACAGCAGGACACACACCUCUACAUAUCGCUGCCCGGGAAGGCCAUGUGCAAACUGUACGCAUCCUCCUGGACAUGGAGGCUCAGCAGACCAAGAUGACCAAGAAAGGCUUCACUCCGCUGCAUGUGGCCUCCAAGUACGGCAAGGUGGAUGUAGCUGAGCUGCUGCUGGAGAGAGGAGCAAACCCUAAUGCAGCUGGGAAGAAUGGUCUGACUCCGCUGCACGUCGCUGUACAUCACAACAACCUGGAUGUGGUUAACUUGCUUGUCAGCAAAGGAGGGUCACCGCAUAGUGCAGCCAGGAACGGCUACACUGCCCUCCACAUAGCAUCCAAGCAGAACCAGGUUGAGGUGGCUAACAGCCUGCUGCAGUACGGAGCUUCGGCCAAUGCUGAGUCACUGCAGGGAGUCACACCUCUCCACCUGGCCUCACAGGAAGGAAGGCCCGACAUGGUCUCACUGCUCAUCUCCAAACAGGCCAAUGUCAACCUUGGCAACAAGAGUGGAUUAACCCCGCUCCACCUGGUGGCACAAGAGGGUCAUGUUGGCAUCGCUGAUAUCUUGGUGAAGCAGGGAGCUUCAGUCUAUGCAGCCACACGGAUGGGUUACACCCCUCUCCAUGUAGCUUGUCACUAUGGCAACAUCAAAAUGGUGAAGUUCCUCCUGCAGCAACAGGCCAACGUCAACAGCAAAACAAGGCUUGGUUACACUCCUCUGCACCAGGCAGCCCAGCAGGGACACACAGACAUUGUAACGCUGUUGCUGAAGCAUGGCGCUCAGCCCAAUGAGACCACCACACAUGGUACCUCGGCCCUGGCUAUUGCUAAGAGGUUGGGCUACAUCUCUGUGAUUGACGUCCUAAAGCUUGUAACUGAGGAGACGGUUUCCAUGACGACCACAGAGAAACACCGCAUGAGUUUCCCAGAAACAGUGGAUGAGAUACUAGACGUGUCUGAGGAUGAAGGAAUUGCACAGCUAACAUUAGGAGAGGAGCUCUUGGGGACAGAAGGGGCCAGGUACAUGAAGAUGGAUGACAUGAAAGACCAUGAUGACGAUUUCCUCUCCCCCAAGAAAUCACUGGAGUACGAGAGAGGGCUGGGCACAGCGAAUUAUUCGCCAGCCAUUCCCAGGAUUCCUCGUGUUUCUCCAGAGACUGUCAUCCUGAGAGAACAUGAGAUAGAUCAGCAACACACUCCACUUCCACUGCCCAAAGAAUACGACGAGGACUCGCUGAUUCCCAGCAGCCCGGCAACCGAGACGUCUGACAACGUCAGCCCAGUGGCCAGUCCCAUACACACAGGGUUCCUGGUCAGUUUUAUGGUGGACGCUCGGGGCGGUUCCAUGCGAGGCAGCAGGCAUAAUGGUCUGCGUGUCAUCAUACCUCCACGGACGUGUGCGGCACCCACCCGCAUCACCUGCCGCCUGGUGAAGCCGCAGAAGCUGACCAGCCCCCCUCCGCUGGUGGAGGGAGAGGGGCUGGCCAGCAGGAUCAUCUCCCUGGGUCCAGCCAGCAUGCAGUUCCUGGGACCAGUGAUUGUGGAGAUCCCCCACUUUGCUGCUCUGGGUCGUGGUGACCGGGAGCUCGUCGUGCUGAGGAGCGAAAAUGGAUCAGUGUGGAAAGAACACCGCAAUCGCUAUGGUGACGAGGUGCUAGAAACAAUCCUCAACGGAAUGGAUGAAGACUUGGAAAGUCAAGAGGAACUUGGAAAGAAGCGGAUCCGCCGCAUUAUCUCCACCGACUUCCCCCUUUACUUCGCUGUCGUGUCACGAGUGCAGCAAGAAAGCGACCUGAUUGGUCCAGAGGGCGGUUCUCUGACAAGUAAACUGGUGCCGAUGGUCCAGGCCACGUUUCCUGAGACGGCGGUCACCAAACGAGUCCGCCUGGGGCUGCAGGCUCAGCCGGUUCCAGAUGAGCUUGUUGCAAAGCUGCUGGGUAACCAAGCAAACUUUAGCCCCGUCGUCACUGUGGAGCCUCGGCGGCGCAAGUUUCACCGACCAAUCGGCCUGCGUAUCCCUCUGCCCCCGUCCUGGAAGGAAAGCCCCCGAGACUCUGGGGAGGGCGACACCACCAGCCUGCGUCUGCUCUGCUCAGUCAUAGGUGGUACAGCUCCAGCCCAGUGGGAGGACAUUACUGGCACCACCAAGCUUAUCUAUGCUAAUGACUGCGCCAGUUUCACAACCAAUGUUUCAGCACGAUUCUGGCUGGCAGAUUGUCCUCGGACAGCUGAGGCCGUCUCCUUUGCCAACCUGCUCUAUAGAGAGCUGUCAGCUGUACCCUACAUGGCCAAGUUUGUGGUGUUUGCAAAGAUGAACGAGCUGCGCGAAGGCCGUCUGCGCUGCUACUGCAUGACUGACGACAAGAUGGACAAAACUCUGGAGCAACACGAGAACUUCACAGAAGUGGCUCGCAGCAGAGACAUAGAGGUGAUGGAGGGAAUGCCACUUCACCUGGAGUGUUCAGGGAAUCUCGUGCCAGUUAGAAAGGCCACGCAGCAGCCUCGUUGCUUCAGCUUCCAGGCCUUCAGAGAUAACCGACUUCCUGUCUCUGUUAAGGUGAGAGACAGCAGUAAAGAGCCCACCGGGUUUUUGUCUUUCCUGCGUAAGACCACAAAGUAUGAGGACAGCCAACAUGUGCUCUGCAACCUCAACAUCACCAUGCCUCCAUGUAUCAAGAUUGUUGGGAGUGAAGACCGGAGGCGAACCCUGACCCCACUGGCUUUAAGAGAAAGAUACAGUGCUCUAAAUGAGCCAGCGAUGGCUUCGAUGAGUGCCAUGGAGAGGACAGAGCUGAAGAUGGCUGUGAUUGCAGAACAGUUGGGACUGAGCUGGGCUGAGUUGGCACGUGAGCUUCAGCUCAGUGUGGAUGACAUUAAUAAGAUCCGUGUGGAGAAUCCAAACUCUCUGCUGGAGCAGAGCUCUGCACUGCUCAACCUUUGGGCCACCCGAGAGGGCAAGAGGGCCAAGAUGGAGAGCUUGUACGCAGCUCUGAAGAGCAUCGACCGUAUGGACAUCAUCAACAUGCUGGAGGGCCAGCCGCCUCAGCCUACGAGACAAGGAUCCCGUGAUCUCAGCAGACGCCGACAUAACGAGAGAGAGCACCUCUCCCCUGGUAUGACCAAUGACUCUCAUUGCUCGUCUCCCUCUGUGUUUGCAUGGACACAAUGGGACGAGGAGCAGCAGUAACAUUGGCAUGCUGGAGAUAAGGCUUCAGACACUGCAUUAAAGCUGUUUGACCAACAGACGUGUCUCUGCAUGGCAUGCGUACUGAGAAUGAUCCUACAGUCUGUCUCUGUUACUCCUCAGUGAUCUGUCCUAAUGGGGGUUAAAAAAAGGCCACAGACCUUUUUUGUGAACUGUGACUCGUGUCUGCUCUGUUCAUGUAUGAAUGCUGUGGUUGUUUUGUGUGAUUCCACAUAAACUGUCCAUCUUAUUUUGUGUGAAAUAUAUGUUUUUAUUGACUCUGUGAGUGGCGUAUGAGGGUCAAUCUGAACUUGUCCCUCCUUAUUGUAAAUGUGCUUAUUGUUUACUGUGACCUGUCAAGUCAGUCUGUGUGUGUGUGUGUAUCAGUGUGAGCGUCUUCAUGUGUGUUUUAAUUUGUAAAAUAUAAGUGUUUUGUGGUUUCCAUAUACAUAUUUGCCCAGUGUGUUUGGGCAAAAAGAGUGUUAUAUAUUUUUUAUGUGUGCUUCACUGCCUUGUUUUUUCUGUGUUUUUUCUGUGUUUCAGUCAGAGGGUGGGUCAAGAAGUCACAUUUUUCAUAGUUCACACUCAACAUUCAUCGGUUUUUUAGUGUUUAAUAGAUAUAUUUCUUUUACUAUCAUGCCCAAAUCUACUGACAUGGAGAGAGGACUGGCAAAUUCAUGGCAAUCAAAAAUUCUCACCUCAUAUUUUGUAUUGUUUCACCAAAAACAGACUCACAGCAUUUAAUCAUGGCUUCAGGAUCGAAUAUACGGGAUAUUUCAAAAGCAUAUCACCAAAUAUAUAUUCCCAGUAUAUGGCUGAUCUUGCACUAAGAAAUGUGUCCAGAUACUAGUGAAGUCAUUGUUUUUUGUCCAGAAUAUACUUGUCUUUUCUGAAUUAGAUAUUCACAUCAUUGAAUAUAUUCAUACAGAAGUUAAAUGUUGCCACAGUCAUGACCCGCAUUUUCAUCGGCAGCGAAUCUAUAGAAUAGUGAACAGGCAAAAGGCAGAUAAUUUAGUUUCAGUGGAAUUAGGAAAGCACUGAAAUGAGAUUUUAAUGAUAUUAUUAUAGCUUUAACUGUUCUUUCUUCUGGUGAUGUAAGUCAGAUUUAAACUGUCAGUAUAACGACAGAUAUAAAGCAACAUUUAAACUUAAACAAAAUGCCAUUUGGGCUUUUGUGACUGAGACCCUUACACUUUUAAAGUAUCUGACAAAGCAGAGACCUCAGUAUAUUCAAAGAUACAAAUGAACACCAAUUUUAAACUUGUACAGUAAUACAUCAAUACAAUAAAAUUCAAUAGCAAUUGCUGUUUGUAUAGCUUGUUUUUUCUUUGUUUCUUUUUUAGCACAAAUCUUCAUAAGACCAAGCACUAAAAGACUGUAUGUAUUUCUCAUUCAUAGUUUCUACAGACAACCGGCAGCAGUUUGGAAGGUGAAAGAGAAAGUAGGACAAGGGGUUUAUUUUGCUGCUUGGUGUCUCAAAUGUCCCCUGCACUCUCAGCAGUAGUCUGCUGCCAGCCAUGAAUCAAGUUACACCCUUUGCCCUGCACAGUUUUCGCAUCACUAUACUGUAUACAGUCAGUCUCUCUCUACCACUCUGUCUCAUAUGCAUACACAUGACCAUGCAUUAAGGAAACUGUCUCCUCUUCUUGCUAUUAUCUACAUACUGUAUGCUCUGCACUGCAUCUCCAGUUUCAUCCUCUGGAUAAUAUACCUCUUAGCAAUAUGUUAUCAUCAUACUGUCAGUCACACUUUGCUUCACCUGCAUUUACAUUCAUCAAAAUGUUCACAUAAAUGAUUCACUUAGGUCAGGGUCAUUUUCAGAAUAAUUCAUUUGGAGGGUUACAGACAUAUUUGUAUAUCUGUAGGCUAAAAGUGCACUCUUUGUUGUCUUCAACUGGGUUUUUCUUUCUUUUUGAGUGUACUGUUAUCUCAAUAAAACAAAAAACAAAAAUCCUCCCUGAUGUUGUGACAUUGCGCUCUAUCGUGCCAGGUCUGGUUUUACAAGGAAAAAAUAAGGUUAUCAGUGGUGUUCAAGUACCAGCUGUAGGAGUGACCUGAGUCCACAGCACAUUGCCAGUGUGCAGUUUUACUCACUGACAAAAUUGCAUUUAACAAAUAGAACUAAUGAAAAGUUUUGUUUGAGGCAGCAACUGUGUGGCUUUCACAGCAGAAGACAAAUUGAUGUCUGCUUUAAUUGUGUUUGCAUAAAUAAUACCAAUACAGUAAGUUCUAUGUUUAUAUAGCCGUGGUAUAUUGAAUGCAUUACAAUAAAUGUAUGUGUCAGUGAGAGAGGAAGCAGCAGUGUGGAGUGAGCUGACGUGUGUGUGUGUGUGUGUGUGUGUGUGUGUGUGUGUGUGUGUGUGCGCACUCGAAUGUGAGAAGAAAAUGAGAUUGCCUGCGUGCAUGCAAUCCAGCCUGACAACAACAUUAACCUGCCUGUUUCUGAGUGGGUUUGAAAGCAUGCUUAUCUGAGUGUGAGUGUAUGUGCGUGUCAGUAUGAAGACAGAGAGUGUGUGUCCCUGCUGGACAGGUGUCAGUAAUCCCUCUCCGUCUCCCUGCAGGUGGCAGCCAGCAGAGCAGCAUCAGUCACUGCUGGGUUCGAACCUCAGUCUCAGUCUUUCGGUCCGUCUGGCUGUGUCUGCUGCUGCUGCCGCUGCUGCUCUCACCGUCAGCGCUGGCUGAUUGAGCUUGACAACCCCUCUUUUAAAAGCUGCCCUUGCUCUCUUGUCCUAAGCUCCUUGCACCUUUAUUCUAGCUCCUAUUGUCUUGGCCCUCCCCCUCUCUCCCCCCACACCACACCUUUCCCAUUUGUCCCUUCAGCCUCCUCUACUCCUCCCCUAGAUGCCCAGCUCCUGGGCAGGGGCACUUACCCCCUCCCAGGGUCCCGAUGCUGUGGGGGUGAGGUGGGGAGCGAGGCGGGGGGCCGGGUGUCAGUGUGCCUCUCUCUGUCCC